AUGAAGUGUCGUAAACAAAUACGUGCGCGACAUCGAAUGGAAUUAAAUAAUCUUGAGCAAAGUAUUCCAUCAAGCGCACAAGAUUUACCAAGUCUUAUCGAAAAAAUUCUAGACGAAAUAAACAAAUUAGAAAUAAUAACGAAUGAUAUUUAUCUGUUAAAAGAUCUACUGAGCGCUUUGAAAGCAACAAAGCGUGAGCAAAUUGAUAAAUUUCGAAGAGAAAUAUUUUUGAUGCAUUUUUUUUUCUUUUAUUUAUUAGAAUCUAUUGAUCAAAGCGCUGAUAUUGAAAAUGUUCAACGUAUCGGCUAA